GCAGACUGAUUGUAAUUCAGAGUGGCGGUAGACUUCGGUACCAGUUCCCCGUACGGCCGCGUCCUUUCUCCGUGCCUCUUUUUCUCUUUUCGUUCUUCUUCGUUCUUGCGUGCGGUCCUUGGUGAUUUUUCAAAAAGAUUUUCUCCUCUUCCUCGAUAUCAAUCUCGUCACCGAUACGCGUACAAGAAGAAGUACAGCUCGAACGAGAACUUGGAGUCGAUCGUCGAUGAUCAUAGGUCCCAGUCAACGCGACAGACGCGAGAAACCGAGGAGACGUUGCUCGACCACGUUCGACGAGGUGCGUGCCUCUACGAAAACUCGCGAGACUUCGUAAAGAUUAUCCGGCGAGCUACCUGCUUGGGAAACACACGAGAUCGAUAGUGUCGUGGCAACGACGUUUUAGACUGACCCUGCUGGCGAGUUGUUCCAACCUGGAAUAACUCGAUCCUGCACGUUUUCCCGCCAGGACAACCCAUUUUCGAUAAGAUUCAUGCUCGACACGGUCAACCGAGUGGCAAUCGAGCGAAGCUGGAAUUGUUUUUGGGAAGAAGAACGAUAGUUCGAAGAGGAAGAUCGGAGAUUUUGAAGGAUCGAAAAGACACGUGGAUCAUUGGUCGCGUCAUCUUGCGAUCAGCUGAGGCACAAACGACCAACGAACGCGUGCGUGUAGUCAGUGACACCGGGGUGAAGGGACAUUUAUCUUGGACUUUGUGACAUUCACGGUGAUCGCCUGGCGCCUGAAGAGAUUUUGACAGAGGAAUUUUCAAAAUUUUCAAGUUACUGAACGAAGCAGCAGAAUGGCCAGGUGGAAUCGUAUGUUCGCAUGGGAAAGGUGUGUCGGAAGUGUCCUUUUGGCAACUCUAUUCGCCGUUUCGCACGUUAAAUCCGAGGAGCAGAAGUCGACUGUAUCGCAGACUGCAGCUAUGAACUAUCUGUCUCAAUUUGGCUACUUACAACCUAUCAAUCCAACAAGUGGUGGAAUUAUAUCUCAGGAUACACUCUCGAAAGCGAUCUCGGAAUUUCAAGCUUUUGCUGGAUUAAAUAUUACAGGUGACUUCGACGAUGAAACAUUUAAGCUAAUGGCAUUACCGAGGUGUGGCGUUAAAGACAAAGUUGGUCCUGGCUUUGGAAGAUCGAAGCGAUACGCUCUUCAAGGCUCAAGAUGGCGUGUGAAGAAACUGACGUACAAGAUCAGCAAGUAUCCGCGAAAUUUGCCACAGCACAAAGUCGACGACGAGCUGAACAAGGCGUUCAAAGUAUGGUCUGAAUAUACAGAUCUCGUUUUCAUCCAAAAAAAGUCGGGCCAGGUCCACAUUGAGAUUAGAUUUGAGAAAGGUGAACAUGGAGAUGGAGAUCCUUUCGACGGACCUGGUGGCACUUUGGCUCACGCUUAUUUCCCCGUAUACGGUGGUGAUGCCCAUUUUGAUGAUGCAGAGCAAUGGACCAUCGACAGUUUCCGUGGCACGAAUCUCUUCCAAGUAGCCGCUCACGAGUUUGGUCAUUCCCUCGGAUUGAGCCAUAGCGACGUUAAGGCUGCUCUAAUGGCACCCUUCUAUCGCGGCUACCAACCUUAUUUCCAGUUAGAUGACGAUGAUAUUCAGGGUAUCCAGGCUUUGUAUGGAAAAAAAUCGGCAAAUAGUGGUGGCGUUCCAACUGGACCGAGAUAUGGAACCACUACUGCGUCACCACCCAGCGAAGAAGACUCCGAGCUCUGCACGGAUCCAAAAGUCGACACUAUGUUCAAUUCUGCAGAGGGGCAUAUGUAUGCGUUCAAGGGUGAUCGUUACUGGAGAUUAACCGCGGAUGGUGUAGCAGUCGGCUAUCCUAAGCUCAUUUCACACUCAUGGAAAGGACUACCAGGAAACAUAGACGCUGCAUUUACAUACAAAAAUGGAAAAACUUAUUUCUUCAAGGGCUCGAAAUAUUGGAGAUACGUAGGCAAGAGAAUGGAUGGAGAUUACCCGAAGGAAAUCAGCGAAGGUUUUACAGGAAUUCCAGAUAAUAUCGACACUGUGACUGUUUGGACCGGAAACGGCAAGAUUUACUUCUACAAGGGCGCCAAAUUCUGGAGAUUUGACCCUGCUCAAAAACCACCCGUGAAGAACACCUAUCCAAAAUUGAUCUCAAACUGGGAAGGUAUCCCAAAUAAUCUUGAUGCCUCGAUCGUUUAUCGUGGUUACACGUAUUUCUUCAAGGGAGAUGCUUAUUAUCGAUUCAAUGACAGAACCUUCUCCGUGGAUGUUGCUGAUCCAGCAUUCCCUAGAGCGACGGCGUAUUGGUGGUUCGGGUGCAGAUCAGCCAACAAGGGAACGUUAGGUAAUGUCCAAUGGCUUCACGAAAAUCCCGAAGAUAUAUUUCCGCAUGCUGGCAUCCUCACGCCCGAUGAUGGUGACCAUGAUAGUGACGACGAUGAGGUCGGAGACAUCAUUUUAGAUGCAGGCGAAACGGACGAACAGCUAGUCACGUCUUCCAAUCAGGAUGCGGACUCUGCGGCGGGAAACGUUUCCACGGCAACGUCGAUAUCGUGGUAUCUUCCGUUCAGUUUGAUGACCAUGAUCUUCGCUAAAAUUGUUGCCACUACGUAAAAGAUAGGGACGAUUUAUUUGUUGAAGAUCAUAUAAAGCAAUGGGAUCAUCAACGAUGGGAAGUCCAGUAUAGUUAAUUAAUCACACGGACCAUUAAAAUGGGGAAAGUGAGACUCAAAGUGUGUCGUACACGAAAAAUGGAAACUGUGCCAAAAAAAUGGCAUUGUGCUAAUCGGCGCUCAUGAAUCGUGGGUGAUAAUCAUUUUAGGUCAACGAACGUGUUGAAGCGAGAUUCUGUUCGUUACUAUGUAUUUUAAUCUCUCAUGGAACAAUCAUUCCAAUUGAAGCAACGUUGCGCAUCUACAAUAGUUGUUUAAAAAAAGUUUGCUUCACUCUAGAUAAUAAGUAUUCUGCGCAGCAUGUUUUAUAAGAUGUGAUAAGAUUUUACACUUUGUUAAUCGAUCGUUUCGACGCAUCUUACAAGACAUGCUAUAUAUAUGUAAAAUACACAAAACAACAUGUAACAUAUGUUUAUACAUAAUAUUUUAAGUCACAUGCAAUAUUAUGUCAUCAAACCUUUUACACUGCCUAUUUAUUCUUUAUUCGUACAUCGUGAUUUGUAUAAACAUUAAUGUUGAAGGCACUUAUUUUGCGCGUCCAUGCAGUACAUAUAGGUUUAAAAAAGAACUGAGAUAUGCUGUAACAUGACAAAUAGCAAAUAAAGAUAGCAGUCGAUUGGUUUCUUCACUGACAGUAUUAUGAGUAUUAUAGAGUUUUCAUUAUUUCCUAUAAGAAUGUAAAUAUAUACUUCUCAGAAUGUAAGGAAACAACGCAAAGAAUUCUGAAAACAUCUAAAAACCUUAAAAUAAUGACUUUGUAACUUGCUGUAUUAAUAAGUGUAAUAAGAAAGCUAUGAAAACAUCUAUAGUACUCAUGUUAAAUGACUGUAUCAAAAAAAUAUUUAUCUUCCGUACAAGUGCCUUAAAAUGUUCUGAAAAUAUUAUAGUAAAUUGCAUCUUUCUUUUAUAAGUUUCUAUUAAUUUGUUGUUACUAUUGUUGAUUAAUUAACAGCAAUCCCUAUAAUUUUCUUUUUUUUCACUUAUGUAACAGAUUUUCUCUAAACAACUUUCUGUAUUUUGUUUUAUUAUGUAAUAGGACUAUAAUAAAUAAUGUUGAUGAUAGUUACAUAUUAAUUCCAGAUGAUAAUGUUAUGAAUAUGAGAUUUAAUGCAAUAUCUUGAAAACAACAAUUUUUAUUAUUUUGAAAAGAAUAAUCAUUUGUAUUGUGCUUCAAAACCAAAAUGAUAUGAAAGGCAAUUAUGUAUAAUGUGUGUAUAUGCACUUUAUAAAAUACAUGUACGUUAUGUAUUGUAAAUACCUUUUAACACAUAACUAUUCUGUGUAUAUUAGUUAAAUAUUUAGCUUAAAAUUUAGAAAAAAUUAGUUUAAAAGAUAUUAAAUAUUGCAAUAAAAAUAUAAACAGUAUUUACAAAUCAUAGUGUACGUGUAUCUUUAUAGUAAUUAAGACAUUACCAUGUUUCUUUACAUUCUAAGAAAGGUUUUCAUAAUUUUGUUACAAAUAAAUAAUUAAGUACUUAAGAAUGACCUAGCAUUUAAGGAGAAAUAAUGCACAAAACGCCUUGUACAGUUUUUUAAUACUUGUUAAAUAAAUUGCUUUUUCAAAGAA